AAGUUGUCACUGUCACUGCGAAUUGCAACGAAAUUUCCAGUGGGAUCCUCCACUUCUAUCCUUAUUAUACCAAUCCAUCCCUUUCUCUCGAGCUCACUGACUUCGUCUACAAUGGCCGUCACCGAUUUUUUCGCCGGUGAAAUUGCUACUGAGCUCCUGAAACAGCUCGUUCUGAUUUCUGCUAAAGCAUGGAAAUACAAAAGCAUCGCCGAUAAACUCGUCGCCUUGAUCGAGGAUAUUCUGCCGACGAUCAAGGAGAUCCAGUACAGCGGCGUUGAGCUUCCUCCUCACCGUCAAACUCAAAUCGGUAUGCUCUCGAAUACACUAGAGAAAGGCAAGAAACUCACGGAGAAAGUCUUAAGCUCCCGUCGCUGGAAUUUGUAUCGACAGCUCACCCUGGCGCGGAAAAUGGAGAAGCUAGAGAAGGCCAUCUCUGAUUUCCUCAAGAAUCAGAUUUUGGCCCACAUCCUCGCAGACGUUCAUCUUCUCCGGAUCAAUUCCGAUGUGCGUUUCGACCGUGUUGACAGGAGCCUGGAGAAGAUGACUGAGCACUUGGGUUCCAUGAAAAUCGGUGGAGGAGGGAUGAUAAUGGAUGCGAUGAAGUUAGCCGAGGCUACGAUGGAGCUUGAGACGAACAACGAUUCGGAGAAAUUUGGGGUUGGAUUGGAGAUGGGCAAGAAGAAGGUGAAGAAGAUGCUCUUCAACGCUGAGGAAAGGCUUAUAGGGAUCAGUGGAAUGGGCGGUGUCGGCAAAACCACUCUUGCCAGAGAGCUUGAACGGGACGACGAAGUCCGAUGUCACUUCGAGAAUCGAAUUUUGUUUCUGACUGUAUCACAAUCUCCGAUUCUUGAGGAGCUGAGAGCACAUAUAUGGGGUUUUUUGACUGGUUAUGAAGGAAAUCCUGUUCCAAACUGGAAUUUACAGUAUGAGGGCGGGUUUAAAACACAGAAGCUGGUGAUUCUUGAUGAUGUUUGGACAAGAGAGGCGUUGGACCGCUUGACGUGUAACAUUCCUGGCUGCACAACUCUUGUGGUCUCACGGUCCAAACUCACAGAGCCUAAAGCCACUUAUGAUGUGGAAGUACUAAGGGAAGAUGAAGCAGUCUCUCUCUUCUGUCUCUGUGCAUUUGGUCAGAAAUCAGUCCCUUCUGGUUUCAGCAAAAGCCUGGUUGAGCAGGUUGCUAAAGAGUGUAAAGGUCUACCUUUGGCUCUCAAAGUUACGGGCGCCUCACUAAAAGACCGACCUGAAAAAUAUUGGGAGGGCGCUUUGCAGAGGUUAUCGAGAGGUGAACCUGCUGAUGAAACUCACGAGACUAGAUUACUUCAUCAAAUGGAAGCUAGUCUAGAAAAUCUCGACCCAACAACCAAAGAGUGUUUCUUGGAUCUUGGCGCAUUCCCUGAAGACAGGAAGAUUCCCGUUGAUGUUCUCAUCAACAUGUGGAUUGAGAUACAUGAUCUUGAGGAGGCAAAUGCUUUUGCCACUCUUGUUGAUUUGUCACACAAGAAUCUACUUACUCUUGGGAAAGAUCCACGGCUUGGCUCUUCAUAUGCAAGCUACUAUGAUGUAUUUGUGACACAGCAUGAUGUUUUGCGAGACUUAGCACUUCAUUUAUGCAAUAAAGGGAAAGUAAACAGAAGAGAUCGAUUGCUGAUGCCGAAAAGAGAGUUAGUGCUUCCAAGAGAGUGGGGAAGGAACAGUGAUGAGCCAUACAGUGCUCAGAUAGUCUCUAUUCAUACCGGGGAGAUGGAUGAAAUGGAUUGGUCUGACUUUGACAUGGAGUUCCCGAAGGCAGAGAUACUAAUACUUAAUUUCUCUUCGGACAAGUAUGUUUUACCUCCUUUCAUCACCAAGAUGAGCAAGCUUAGGGUCCUAGUGAUUAUCAACAACGGCAUGUCCCCUGCGGUUCUCGAUGACUUUUCAAUUUUUGCCAAUUUGUCGAAACUAAGAAGUCUCUGGCUCGAGAGAGUUCAUGUCCCUGAACUCUCCAACACAACAGUUCCCUUGAAAAACCUCCACAAGAUGUCUCUGAUUCUGUGCAAGAUCAAUAACAGUUUUGAUCAGACCGGAGCUGACCUCGCCAAUAUCUUCCCAAAAUUGGGCGAUCUGACGAUAGAUCAUUGUGAUGAUCUCGUGGCACUACCUUCAAGCAUUUGCGGAAUGACAUCUCUUAACUCCUUAAGCAUAACAAAUUGUCCACGCCUCGGUGCAUUGCCUAAGAAACUCAGUAAGCUACAAGCUCUUGAAAUUCUGAGGCUAUAUGCUUGCCCCGAGCUACAGAAAUUGCCUGUGGAAAUCUGUGAGCUUCCUCGGCUUAAGUACCUCGACAUCUCACAAUGCGUCAGCCUGAGUAGUCUUCCAGAGGAAAUAGGAAAGCUGAAGACGCUGGAGAAGAUCGACAUGAGAGAAUGCUGUUUAUCGGGUAGACUGAGCUCUGCUGUUUCAUUGGAGUCUCUACGCCAUGUGAUUUGCGAUAAGGAUGUUGCAUUUAUGUGGGAAGAAGUUGAGAAGGCCGUUCCAGGAUUAAAGAUUGAAGCCGCUGAGAAAUGUUUCAACUUAGAUUGGCUCGAUGAGUAAGAUCCUAAAACCCCUGAAGUUUGUUGUUAAUAAAGUGUAAACUCACUGAGAAACUGUAACUAGUUUAGUGGAUUAGUGGUAAGCUUCUCUUCGUAUUUAUUGAUAUAAGGCCUCUCUGUACAGUUGCCACAAACUCAAUCGGUACAAGUGUCUUUUUUGUCUAUCUUAAUCUUCGUAUUAGAGAAGGACUUUAAGUGUUA